GUAAUUUACGUUUGAACGUGUGCGAAAUUGGUUGGAAUCGGCCAUUUUUGUCGAAUCCGUCUUUUCGUGGUUAUUCAACAUGAAGAUCGGUCUUUGUGCAUACAGUGGAUAUAAAAUAUAUCCCGGUCAUGGGAAAACCAUGGUUAAAGUGGAUGGAAAAACAUUCACUUUUUUAAACUCAAAAUGUGAAUCUGCACAUUUAAUGAGGCGCAAUCCUAGAAAAGUCACAUGGACUGUUCUAUACAGACGGAAACACAAGAAGGGCCAAGAGGAAGAACAAGCAAAGAAGAGAACAAGACGUACUCAAAAAUUCCAACGUGCUAUUGUUGGUGCGUCUCUUACAGAUAUCUUGGCAAAACGUAAUAUGAAGCCAGAAAUUCGUAGAGCUCAGAGAGAGCAAGCAAUUAAAGCUGCAAAGGAACAGAAAAAAGCUGCAAAAGCAACGAAGAAGGCUGUUGUUACUCCCAAAGCAAAAACCGCACCAAAACAUAAAGCUGCAAAAGUAACACAAAAGGCAGCACCACGCGUUGGAGGAAAACGUUAAAUUCUGAUACAAUAUAAAUAAAAUAAACUUUAUAUUUAAAAAA